GGGAGGACGAAGAGCAGGUCAUCCUGGUAGCGCCCUACUGGCCCACCCAGACAUGGUUCUCGGACCUCACGCUCCUCGCGACAGCUCCCCCCUGGCAAAUUCCCCUGAGGAAGGACCUUCUUUCUCAGGGACGGGGCACCCUCUGGCACCCGCGCCCAGACCUCUGGAAUCUCCAUGUCUGGCCCCUGGACGGGACGCGGAAGACCUAGGUGGCCUACCACCCGCGGUGGUAGACACGAUCACUCAGGCUAGGGCCCCCUCUACGAGGCGCCUGUAUGCCUUGAAGUGGUCUCUGUUCGCUAAGUGGUGUUCUUCUCGACACGAAGACCCCCAGAGAUGCGCAGUCGGAUCAGUGCUUUCCUUCCUGCAGGAGAGGUUGGAAGGGAGGCUGUCCCCUUCCACCUUGAAGGUGUACGUUGCUGCCAUAGCAGCACACCACGACGCAGUUGAGGGUAAGUCCUUAGGGAAGCACGAUCUGAUCAUCAGGUUCCUAAGAGGCGCUAGGAGGCUGAAUCCCUCCAGACCGCUCUUCGUUCCCUCAUGGGACCUCUCCGUAGUUCUUCAGGGCCUACAGAGAGCCCCCUUUGAGCCUUUGCAGUCAGUCGAGCUGAAGGCACUCUCCCUGAAGACUGCCCUCCUGACUGCGCUCACUUCCAUCAAGAGGGUAGGUGACCUGCAAGCGUUCUCUAUCAGCGAAACGUGCCUAGAGUUCGGUCCGGGUUAUUCUCACGUGAUCCUGAGACCCCGACCGGGCUAUGUGCCCAAGGUUCCCACCACUCCUUUUAGGGACCAGGUGGUGAACCUGCAAGCGCUGCCCCAGGAGGAGGCAGACCCAGCCCUGGCGUUGCUGUGUCCGGUGCGUGCUUUGCGCAUCUAUUUGGAUCGCACGCAGAGCUUUAGACUCUCUGAGCAGCUCUUUGUCUGCUUCGGUGCACAGCGGAAAGGAAGCGCUGUCUCCAAGCAGAGGAUCGCCCACUGGCUUGUUGAUGCCAUAUCUAUGGCAUAUCUCGCCCAAGACAUGCCGCCCCCGGUAGGGCUACGGGCCCAUUCUACCAGGGGUGUAGCGGCUUCUUGGGCUCUGGCCAGAGGUGCCUCUCUAACAGACAUUUGUAGAGCAGCGGGCUGGGCAACACCCAACACCUUUGCAAGGUUCUACAACCUCCGGGUGGAACCGGUUUCGUCCCAGGUAGUGGCACGCAACACAAGCGGAUAAGCCCGGGAUAGCCGGCCGGGUGUAUCGCUUGCACAUAGCGCCUUCCACCUCCUUUUGAGCUGAAGACAUGCGCUGUUAAUUCCCAGUAGUGUUCAAAAAAUUUGUUCCCUGGUUGACUUCCUCCGAGCUCUGUGGCAGUCGAGUUUUCGGAGAGACUCACUGCCG